AUGGCGAAAGGCAAGCGCGCGUUGAAGUCUCCGUCCACCUCUCCGCCGACCAAGAAGGAACGCCUCAAGGAACUGCAGGAUCCGGCUGCCGCUCCAGAGAAAGCUCUGCUCGAUCAAGGUCAUUCAGCCCAGGAAGUUCCUCAAGAUGAUCCUCGCGACUUGAUCAGCAUCUCCAAUGCCGUCAACUCGCCAUUGCUUCGACUGCCUGCAGAAUUGAGGAACAUAAUCUUUCACUACGUCUAUGCCGACAAGACAUAUGUGUUUCGAGAAGAUGUUGAGGCAAAGGCAGUCGGUUCUUGUCGUCGUGAGGAUGAUGAAUCGCCAUCUGAAUUGAAGAGAGAAGCCUGCCUAUCCUUCGUCUGUCGUCAACUCAAUGCCGAAACGUCUCUACUUCCGUACAAACUUGGGGUGUUUUCGUUCAACGUCGUUGCAAAGAAUGGAGGGUAUGUUGGGCUAUGGAUGUUGGAAGAUUUCGUAGGAGAAAGGACAGACCAGCAAUUUGAUGCCAUUGCUCAGCUAAAAAUCGAGCAAUGGUCUGACGAGGGCCGUAAAGACUGGGAGCGAACUAUGUCUGCUGCAAACUGGCUCGCCACGAUGAAGGAAAUUGCGGACUGUGCUGAUCAGAUGAAUUCCUGA